GGAGUUUCUAGAGCAGAAGGAAUAUGAAGACCUCGGGUUCCCCACGCUCCAGGUGGAGGAAGCAGAAGCUCAGCUCACCGAGCCGACAGCCACAGACUACCACACCGCGCCGCCCCGCCCCCCAGACAUCUUCGAGGUCCUCGUGGAGCUGCGGGAACUAGUGAUGGAUGAAAAGAACCAGGAGCUACAAUGGAUGGAGACAGCGCGCUGGGUGCGGCUAGAGGAGAACCUGGGGAAGGACGGGAUCUGGGGCCGCCCACACCUGUCUUACCUCACCUUCUGGAGCCUCUUGGAGCUGCAGAAAGCCUUUGCCAAGGGUACUGUCCUCCUGGACCUGCCAGAGAAAUCCCUGGCCGGGGUGGCCAGCCAGCUGCUGGACAGGUUUAUCUUCGAGGGGCAGAUCCAGCCUCAGGACCGAGAAAAUCUGUUCCGGGUCCUGCUGCUCAAACACAGCCACGCCAGAGACGUGGAGGCCCUGGGGAGUGUGAAGCCUGCGGUCCUGACACGUUCUGGGGACCCGUCACAGCCUCUGCUCCCACAGCAUCCCUCGCUGGAGACAGAGCUUUUCUGUGAACAGGGAGAGGGGAGUGCGGAAGGGCACUCGUCAUCUGCAAUGCUGGGAAAGAGUCCCCAGGACUGGGAGGCCACCCUGGUGCUAGUGGGCUGUGCCAGGUUCCUGGAGCGGCCAGUGCUGGGCUUUGUGCGACUAAAGGAGCCUAUGGAGACAGAGCAGAAGCCAGAGGAGCCGGAGGAGCCGGCAGUUCCCGUGCGCUUCCUCAUUGUGUUGCUGGGACCCGAGGCCCCCAACAUCGACUACACCCAGCUGGGCCGGGCUGCUGCCACCCUCAUGUCAGAGAGGGUGUUCCGCACUGAUGCAUACUUGGCCCAGAACAAGGAGAUGCUGGUCCAUUCCCUAGAGGGCUUCCUAGACUGCAGUCUGGUGUUGCCUCCCACGGACACGCCCUCUAAGGAUGCCCUGCUCAGUCUGGUGCCCGUGCAGAAAGAGCUGCUGAAAAGACGCUACCUGCCCAGCUCUGCCAAGCCAGAGCCCAGCUUCCUCAAGGGCCUAGAUUUGAAUGGGGGUCUAGAGGACACCAAGGAUGACCCUCUGCAGCGGACAGGCAGGCUCUUCGGGGGACUGGUACGUGACAUCCGGCGCCGCUACCCCCGCUACUUGAGUGACAUCACAGACGCAUUGAACCCCCAGGUCCUGUCUGCCAUCAUCUUCAUCUACUUUGCCGCCCUGUCACCCGCCAUCACCUUCGGUGGCCUCCUGGGAGAAAAGACCCAUAACCUGAUGGGUGUGUCGGAACUGCUUAUCUCCACCGCGGCGCAGGGCAUCCUCUUCUCCCUGCUGGGGGCUCAGCCCUUGCUCGUGGUGGGCUUCUCAGGACCCCUGCUCGUGUUUGAGGAAGCCUUCUUCUCGUUCUGCAAGAGUAACGGCCUGGAGUACAUCGUGGGCCGUGUAUGGAUUGGCUUCUGGCUCAUCCUGCUGGUGGUGCUGGUGGUGGCCUUUGAGGGCAGCUUCUUGGUCCGCUUCAUCUCCCGCUACACCCAGGAGAUCUUCUCCUUCCUCAUCUCCCUCAUCUUCAUCUAUGAGACCUUCUCAAAGCUGGUCACGAUCUUCCAGGACCACCCACUGCUGGAGAACUAUGACCACAAUGUGACAAGAAUACCCAAACCUCAGGCCCCCCUGCCCAACACAGCCCUCCUCUCUCUUGUGCUCAUGGCUGGCACCUUCUUGUUCGCCAUGAUGCUGCGCAAGUUCAAGAACAGCUCCUACUUCCCUGGCAAGCUGCGACGAGUCAUUGGGGACUUUGGGGUUCCCAUCUCUAUCCUGAUCAUGGUCAUGGUGGAUGCCCUCAUCCAGGACACCUACACCCAGAAACUCAGUGUACCUAAAGGCCUCACCGUAUCCAACACCUCGGCCCGAGGCUGGCUCAUCCACCCGCUGGGCUUAUAUAAGCCAUUUCCCAUCUGGAUGAUGUUUGCCUCCGCCCUGCCUGCCCUGCUGGUCUUCAUCCUCAUCUUCCUUGAGUCCCAGAUCACCACGCUGAUCAUCAGCAAACCGGAGCGCAAGGUGGUCAAGGGCUCUGGCUUCCACCUGGACCUGCUGCUGGUCAUGGGCAUGGGCGGGGUGGCCACCCUCUUUGGGAUGCCCUGGCUCAGUGCCACCACUGUGCGUUCUGUCACCCACGCCAAUGCCCUUACGGUCAUGAGCAAGGCCAGCACCCCAGGGGCUGCAGCCCAGAUUCAGGAAGUCAAGGAACAGCGGAUCAGCGGGCUCCUGGUCUCUGUGCUCGUGGGCCUGUCCAUCCUCAUGGGGCCCAUCCUGUCCCACAUCCCCUUGGCUGUGCUGUUUGGCAUCUUCCUCUACAUGGGGGUCACAUCCCUCAGUGGCAUCCAGCUUUUUGACCGCAUCUUGCUUCUGUUCAAGCCGCGCAAGUACCACCCGGAUGUGCCCUACGCCAAGCGGGUGAGAACCUGGCGAAUGCACUUGUUCACGGGCACUCAGAUCAUCUGCCUGGUGGUGCUGUGGGUGGUGAGGAGCAUCAAAACCAUCUCGCUGGCCCUGCCCUUCAUCCUCAUCCUCACGGUGCCCCUACGCCGCUUCCUGCUGCCACUCAUCUUCCAGAACCUGGAGCUCCAGUGUCUGGAUGCCGACAAUGGCAAGCCGAACUUCGAUGAGGAGAAUGGCCAGGAUGAAUACGAUGAGGUGGCCAUGCCUGUGUGAGGGGAGGGCCCAGGCCCCAGAGCCCCCUCCAUCAUUCCACUUCCCCACUCUCCCAGGAAAAGCAGAAGUUCAUGGGCACCCUACGGACUCCCAGGUCCCUCCUGGGGCAGGAGUCGAGGCCCUGGGGCCACGGGUGGGGGAAGGAAAGGGUGUCUAGGAAACCUUGCACGAAGGGUAGACUGGCUUUUCUGGAUGAAAAAGGCCAGUGGGGCCCACAGUAGGGGAUUCGCUGUGCAGUCCCUCCUGUGGCCACACUGCCACCUGGGGGUCCCACCCUGGAAGACUUAGAUCCAAGCCCUACCUCCUCAUGACACAGACAGGGGAAGUAAAGAGGAUGGGAGUUGGGUGGGGGGGAUUCAAAUUCCUGCUUUCUGUGUGACCUUGGGCAAGUCCCUGGAUCUCUCCAGCCUCUGCUUCCUCGUCUGUAAAAUGGGUGUAUUGAUAAUCACACCCACAUUACAGGAUGGUUUCUGAGGACCAAAGAUAAAUGUGAAAAAAGGGCUUCGUAAAAUCUGAAAGGACUAUUAUACAAUAGUCAUCAUUCUUCAAGCCUGCCCAAAGUCACAUAGCUCCUGAGCCAUACAGCUGGGAUUUGACCUCUGAGGCCAGAGUCUACUUCAGUCACCCACCUUUCCAUGCUUAGAGAUGCCCCUGCUGGCCCCUCUCUUCCCCCUCUCUGCUCCCACUGGGGACCCUCUUCUCUGGGGCAGAGGAAGGUGUCCUGGUGAGGGCAAGGUGCAGGUGAGGACAAAAUCAGGGCUGGGACUCAGGACUCCUAAGUGCUGCUCCCUCCCCCACGCUCUCAUUCAUUCACUCAUCCAUUCAUUCCACAAACAUUUAUCUAAGGCCCUGGACCCCGUGGACACAGAGGUGACUGAGACAAGACCUUGCCCUGGGGUUGGGAGUGGGAG